AUGACACGAAAAUCAAAAAUUGGUAAACAGGAAUUUAUUGAAGUGGUCCAAAACUACUAUCGACACAAUAAUAAAAUACUUGCACUAAUAGAUAAAUUCAAUCAUUCAUAUAUUGCAGCUGAUGCUCUUAGCUGGUGUUUACGUUCUCCAUUUCCUUCACGAUUUAUUAACCAUUCACUUCACUCUCGAAAUAUGGAGCAACUCAAUUUUUGUCGUUUUCUUAUCAACGAUGCGUCACAUUUUUUACAGCAACAACCUAAACACAAAACAAGUACACAAUUCUAUCGAGGCAUGAAGUUAUCUAGCGAACUUGUAGAGAAAUUUGUCAAAAAUACCGGUGGACUCAUAUGUACUAGUUGGUUUUUAGUUUGUACUAAAUCAAGAACAGCAGCCUUGACAGCUGCUUCCUCACCAAUUUAUCGUCCUGAUCUAAUACCAGUUCUAUUUAAAAUUGAUUGUGAUUCAACAACUCCAUAUUUUGAACAGUCUAAAAAUGUUUCGCCGUCAAUUAUUGUAUUUGAUGCAUGUACUGCUUUCCGAAUUUUAUACGUUAGUCAAGAUCAGAUGGUGAUAGUGAAGAUGAAAAUAGCCACUGACGAUGGACGAAAAGUUGCUCGUGAUUAUAAGGAAAAACAUGGAAGUAUAGCUAUUGAAACAUUAUUAGAUCAGCUCGUCGAGCCUUCAAAAGCACGCAUCCUGAAACAACCACUCGAGCAUCCAAUCAAAAAUAAAGGUAUACAAUGA